GUGAGUAUUUUUGGGAAUGUAUACUGUGUUUUAUCGUGUUUAUAGUUUGUCUAGACGGCUUAACAAUGAAAACAAAAAAACGUGUAUCAAAGAGUGGUCGAAGAAAAAAUCAGGGUAGCAGAAAAGUUGCGAAGAAAGUUGUGGACGCGUGGACAGAAGAGCACCUCCAGGAAGCGCUUUAAGAGUUCGAUUCUAUGCCGAAUGCAUCAGUCAGAGGCAUAGCAAAACGUCAUGGUAUUAACGAAUCUACGCUGCGAUUUCGUUUAAAAAAACGCAAGGAAGGAGCCAAAUUAGGAAAGUCUGGUCGGAAAUGUGUUUUCGAUGCAGAAACGGAGGCCCGGCUAGCUAAGUGCAUUGGUGUUGUAUGUAACCUUGGUUUUAGUCCUACGUUGGAUGAAAUUUUGGAUCUUGUUGCCGAAUACAUCAAAGUCACAGGGACGAUUUCACUCCAGUUUAAAAAUGGAAGGCCUGGUUUGGCGUGGAUAAAGAGCUUUAUGAAAAGAAACGGACUGAGUCACAAGAAGGCUGAGAUGAUUAGUACUGCCCGUAAAGCAAACACAUCCAAUCCAUUUAUAAUUUUUGAUUUCUACGAUCAAUUGGAACAGGUAAUAUAUGCGUCAUUGACGGUACGCUUUUAUAGGAAACAGCGUUUAUAAUUUGACCGUGCAUGAUGUAUAGUAAAAUGAUAUUUUUAGAUGUUCGAGAAAUACCCUAAUCUGGAUGCACAACGGAUCUGAAACUGUGACGAAAGUUCUUAACCAACUGAUCCAUCAAAAGGGAAAGUUGUCUCCGUGAAGGGACGGCGUGCCCUUAAAUUACGGUAUGGCGCUGGGAGAGAAAACAUCACUGUACUCGGUGUUUGUAAUGCAGCUGGAGUGGCACUUGACCCUCUUAUUAUAAUCACUGGAAAAAAUAUGCAAAGUACGUGGUACGGGGACAAGGCUCUACCCAACACGUUUUACGCCAAGUCUGAAAACGGUUGGAUGGACACGGAAGUUUUUUCCACGUGGUUCGCCAAAUUCACUGAGGACGUAACAGAAAGACCAUUGUUACUGGUGUUUGAUGGGCACCUUACCCAUAUCAGCAUAUCUGUCAUUAAAAAAGCAUUGGAAGACGAUAUAAUUAUAAUGAAAUUCCCUCCACAUGUUACGGAUGUCAUGCAACCCCUAGAUGUUGCAUGUUUUGGACCCUUAAAACGUGCUUGAGAGAAGCGCCUCCAUUUACGCGUGACAACACAUGGUGCUAAAAGCCAAUUGACAAAGUCUGAGUUUGUCAAUGAACUCUGUUCUAUUUGGAAAGAUGGCAUGAAAAAAGAAAGCGUUAUCAAUGGAUUUAGGAGUACUGGAAUAUGGCCAAUUGACAAAACCAUGUAUCCAAAGGAACGCUUGGACCCAAGAUUGUUAGCGAAAUAUUAUACGUGGAAACAAAGUGGUAAAGCUCUUGACUGGUCUAAAUUGUCAGACGGGUACGUUAUUUUCUUUUGUGACUGAUAAAAAUGGCUAAACCUGUUGAAUAAACAUCUUAACUGAACAUUUUUGUACUUUCGGACAAAUCGAUGCAGCUGCGGGUCUUGCGCAAAAUCAAGUCUCGACAUCAUUACCACUGCCCGAAU